AAACCAUCCCAGUAGCAUAACACAAAGCAUGUUACACUUCAUCAUUUGAUCAAUUCUUUUUAAGAAGUAGUUUUAACGUAUAAUAAACAUUCAAUUUGGUGGUGAUACGAAAUAAUUUGAAACUUGUUUUACAAGUGUCAUUACUGUCAUUAAAACUGCAAAACGUUUUGAGCAGUUUUUUGGAAAAAUAAAUUGUUACAUUGGGCACAGAAAUUGGAUUCGUUAUUUUAAAGACAGGUGAACACAACAGGUAAGAAAAUAAAGGUAUUUUAUACUUUCAUGUGCUGCCUUUUACUCUACAACGUUACUGACUCACUCAUCUGUAACCAUUCAGGACGAAAACCAUAAUUUAUUGGUGUGUGUUUGAAUUUCGCUUGCUGAUCUGUGCAGCGAUUCAGAACUUUGUGAAGAGAAAAAAAAUAUUAUUUUGUAUAUUUAAAUUAAUAAAUUAACCAACGCUCUAUGAUGUAUAGAUUUAAUCAAUGCUACCAUGCGUUGAAUCCUACUGCUGUAUAUUUAACAUCGCUUAAAUGUACAAUACUCUGCACAAGGAAGUUAGUAUUAUCAUUCUCUUAUCAGUUAUGAUCCAUGCGGUUUGUGAUAUUGUCUGAUAACAUUGAACGCAUUGCCAACUGCAAAGCCUUAUGCACAUAAAAUGUUCACCGGGCUAUUUUAUUGGGUUGGAAAUGGUGCGUGGGGAAAGAAAUGAGCGAACGAUUAGAAAGGAAGAAAAGAAGAAGUAUUCAGUUAAGAUACGAUGUCAUUUAAACAGAAACCCACCAACAGGUUUUGGCUAGGAAAUUCCGAGGUACCGGGUUUUCGAUGGUAUCGAGUGUGUGGUUAUAACGCUCUUAUAUUACUAGGAAGUCUAUAAAAGCUAAUAUUAGUAAACUAGAAAAAAACAUAUUACCUUGUACGAAGGAAAAAAAAUGACAUUGCGUUUCCUACUUUAGAUAUCAAUACCUAAUUGAUUUUCAAACGAACUAAGUUCCCAGUGAUCUGUGAAUAAAUAUGUUUUCGUUUAUUAACGUCUUGUCAUCAAAAUAAGCAAUAUAUUUGUUUGCACAAUGCCAUAUUAUCAUAUCGAUCAUAUUUAUACAAGAAAGCAUUGUUAAAAAUACUACAGUGGAAAUGAUAAUGUACUUAUGUAGAGUAAAUUUGAAAACAUAUCAAGAGAAAAGGACGAACUUUUUAUAAGCUGAAUAUGUAUUGUUUUUCAAAAAUUUUAAAGAAAAUUGACGUUGUCUUAUUGUUAAAUGAAGUGUUGUGUAUCAAUAACUGUCUAUCGAUCUGUUCUGUCACAAAGAUAUAUUAAUUUAAGAAUGUGUCAGACCAUAAUUAUACUGUAAAUAUGUGUAUCGAUAUUUGCAGGAAGAUAGUUGUUUAGACUUUCUGUUAUGUGGUCUAUACAAAAUAUAAAUAUUCAGUGGAAAACAAACGAAGGCACAUAUUUUAUGUAUUUCCGAAAAAUUCCAUUUUGUAGGAUUUCUCAAAAGUCGAGGGUGGGGGUGGGAGGAGGGGGAAAGGAGAUAAGCCGGUGAGCCAUGGUGAACAAGAUGGUUAUUAUGGAUCUUGGAGUAAAAACCACAACACCUAAAGUUCACUUUGCCCGCUAUUUUGUUAGUAAUACUUUCAAAGGUGGAACAUUUUCUUUGCAAACAGCAUUGCGUAUUCAAUGGUGAUCAUCCUGCAGUAGUCGUCACUGUUGUGGGUGUAGGUGGGUUUGGUUGAAUUCUUACUUUCACUUGCUCGAGACAAUGGGACAUCAAGUUGUCCAUUUCAGAUAACCAUAGGUUUGGGAUGAAUUUAGACAUGAUCGGAUGUCUUUUUCUUGAAAUUGGUCGAUUGUAUCACAUAAGCAGGAUGGAUGGAUGGACUUGCCGUCGCAGAAUGAAGAGGAGAUUUUUUGGGAACAAGAUUUAGGAGCGUGAACUUUGCUGUGAAAAGUUGCUGGCCGUGAGAGCAUUUUAGGAGCUUGGAAUCGUGCGGCCCCGGGGGGGGGGUGGAAUUCGUGGUUUUGAGUGCACAAGGAGUUGAACAGUAGGACAAGGACUGAGACGGAGAGCAAACCGUCGUGAACUCGGACUAGAGAGUUAGACCUAUGAGAGUUCCACGAUCAUCAAGAUUAGGAUAUCUGUUCCUUUGAUUUGUGUUUAAUGAUGCCACUUUGCGUACCAUGAUGCCAUGUUGUGUGCUGCGAUACCACUUCGUGCACCCUGAUGUCAUUUUGUGUAUAGUGAUACCACUUCGGGUACUAAGAUGCCACUGUGUGUAAUUCGUGAAAAAAGAGGUGGGGAAAUCGGAUAGUGCGUCAGUUGCUCUAAUAGCUAAGAGGCCCAUAGGUGGCAGAGAAACACUUAGAGAAAUUAAGCCGACGAAGUGCGUGACAGAAAACAGUGGGAGAUAAUAAUAUUGGAGGCGCUGAACGUUGGAAAAAUCGUAAACAGAGAGUAGUGCCAAUUUGUGAGGUGAAAACAAUUUACGCCAUGAUUUUAUUCGGUGAUGAAGUUGCGCUGAACGUCCCUUACAAUCAUUGUAUUCGAGUUAUCUCGAAUCGCCGUUUGUACUGUUUCAAACUGCAGCAUGUUGAUUUUUUUUUUUUUUUUUUUUUUUUUUUUUUUUUUUUUUUUUUUUUUUUCUUUUUUUUUUUUUUUUUUUUUUUUUUUUUUUUUUUUUUUUUUUGCAAACGUGAUUAACUACAGCUUCUUCGUACACUUCACACUCCCAACACGGUUGAUAACCAGGUUCACAGAAUGUUAACAGGAUUUGAAAUUGGAGCAAAGCUUUAGCUCAAGAAGCAGAAUUUGAUCAACUGGUGGUUUGCAUCGACAAUGUUUGUUGAAUAUCUGCGGGUAUCACGCUCGACCGGUUGCUUUCUAUCUUCAUUUACUGUUCGUCCGUCGAAGAUUGACGAUGAUCGUCGAGCCGUCUGGUGAUUGAUGACUUUCGCAGUAGACUUUAGUUUAAAGUGACGAAGAGUUGCACGGCGUCAACCCCACUCUCUCGUCCGAGCCCACUAUAUCCAGUGGCAAGACUCUACGUCAAGACGACCAGGGAUGGGUACGGCUGCAGGAAUUGUCAUUGCAUGCGCCUUACGGGACUCCCACUCCGGGUUUGAAUUCAGAGUUUCCUUCUCUUAGAUGAGUUGCCGACCAAGGUUAUCGCGUCUCAUCCAACCGCACUGAUGUUUUUGCUCGACUGUUCUUUGGCUGGAAUUGAACUCCAGACCACCAACUUGAGGUUUGCUCAGUUGAGGGUGACUGGCUGGCCGAAUGGUCAUCUUCAUUAACCAACACCAGAAGCAACUUUGUUUGAUGCUAGGGCGCAAAAGCAACGUGGAUAAGAAUAAAACAAAAACUGUUUUUUCCACUGGCACCUAGGGCUCCGGACAGAUAAACAGAAAGAAAAAAAAAAUGAUAAUUGAUAUAAAUUGUCUUUAGGUUUAUCCAUCACAAAAAGUAGUCAAAGAUGUAUAUAAAAAGACUCCAGUUAGGAUGUAUUGCAAAGAUUUAUAUAACAAAAGUAUUCUCUUAUAAUAACAUAAUGUGAGGCUGCAAAAUAGUAAAUUGUGCAAAUAAGAAAACUUAGGCAAGUUAUGUAAAAUAUACUAUUACAUUGAUUUUUAGAGGCGUUAUUUCUAAAACUGACACAAAAAAAAAAAAAUCACAUUUAAUUGAAUAUAACACUCGAUUUUGGUGUAUAUGAAAGACGUUUAAAAAAAAGACACAUGUUAAAAACACCUGAAAUUAUAAGUACUAGACGACCCACGGCGUCGCAGAAUUGCUCAUAAUGAAGACUUCGUGAAAUGCACAGUUGUCCAAACUAUUAUAAUAUUCUCAAUUCCCAACCACUUUUAAACCCAAUAUUUUUUACACAAUGCUUACAUUGAGACGAUUUCAUUUCCGAAUAGAUAAUAAUAACAUUACGCACCAAACGCAAUUACAUUUUUAAAUAUAUAUAUAUAUAUAUAUUGAACCACACUCUGGCGUAUCUAUAAAUAGACUCCGUGGUGUUUGAACCGUGUUGGUGUUUGACCUAUGCUGGGGAAUUUUUUAAAUAAAUAGAUUAUGUAUGUAAAGUGUGUGUUACUUGUGUACCACAAAGUAAAGAACUCUCUACAUCCUAUCGCGCGGGAUGUAAUCGACUCGGGUGUGCCUGCCAUGGCUACAUUAUUUAUUAGCCCUAAUCAUGAUGUGAACAAUGUCUUUAUCACUUUUACAUCUGUUCAUAAUCAUCUGCUCGAAAUAUUUUUUCCCCAACACAUUUUUCCCAAGCUAAAAUUGCAUCCGAUAAUAUUUAAAUUCAUGUUUAAACUAAGCGCGCUCUUCCAGCUAGUAAGCAGGCCGAUCCAAACUAAUUUGUGACAAUUUAGUAAAAGAUUGUCCAUAACUCAUAGAGUGUAUCCAUUCAAAGCCUUCCGUAGUAUUAAAAGUCGCGGGGGAAAUUUAUUAUUCGAUUUUUAAAUAAAAGUGAAAAUUUAUCUCGUAGAAAAUUACAAUCCACUGUCACUAAAUCUGUUUCUCUGGAAAUUAUAGAACAUUUGUACUUGUCAUAGGUGGGGUGGGUCAUACUUAUAAUAUGUACAUUCUUGGGGGAGGGAGGUUAGGAUAUCCUGCUGACUGGUGCAUCUGGGGAGAGGUCUCGGCUGAAUAUUGAAAUUUAAUUGUAUACAAAUUCGGCAAUAAUUAAUUUUCAUGAGAUUUUUUCAGACAAAAUAUUGCCUUUUUACAUUUUAUAUAUAGCAAAUGUCAACUGGAGAUUCUGUAAAGUCCAUGAUGUUUAAGUAUCGCCAUUUUGUUUCAAUCGCUAGAUAUCACAACUGGUUUCCUGCGUGUGACCCAAAUAAUAUUUCGUCUGGCUGAACCAAAGACUGUCAACAUUAUUACAUUGUUGUUAGGCCUACGCCAGCGACGGUCUCAAAAAAGGGGACAAAACCCGUAAAAUAUUGUUAUCAAGGUUUACGGCCAUUAACUAUUUCUUUUGAAGGGUGGAUAAGUAAGAAACUCAUUUUUGCUUAUGCUCCAAGAGUAGCGGAAUCGAAAACUCGAAAAUAUACGAACUGAAGUCAGGUGUGAAAAUCUGAUUAUUUGUUUCCCUUCAUAUUAUAUGGUUGAACUAUUAUUUUCUUCAUAUUAUAUGGAUGAAACAUUAUUUUCUUCAUAUUAUAUGGAUGAACAAUUAUUUUCUUCACAUUACAUGGCUGAACCAUUAUUUUCUUUAUAUUAUAUGGGUGAACCAUUAUUUUCGUUAUAUUAUAGGGAUGAACAAUUAUUUUCUUCAUAUUAAAUGGAUGAACAAUUAUUUUCUUCAUAUUAUAUGGAUGAAGCAUUAUUUUCUUCAUAUUAUGAUUCAUCCAUAUUAUUUUCCUUCCUUUAAGUUAACGAUUAUAUUUUUAAUGUAAUUUCUUAAGUUUGACGAUCUUAGCUGUCACACCAGUUUGAAAACUUUAAGAUCACAUAAGAGUGUGCUGUUUACAACAUGAUUUCCUCAAAAGAAUUCAGAUUAUCAAAACUUUCGCUCUAAGUAGAUCUUUUAAACUCCACUGUUAGAUUUGCUUCAGCCUACCUAGAAAAAGUGAUAUUAUAUUAUUAUUAAUCUUUCCUUUCCUUUUCUUUUUUUAAAUUCAGUUGUAUAAAAAUCUAAAUCAUAACUGACCAUGAGCAGCGGGCAGUUAACUCAAAUUGUGUUUCUGACGAUACGUUUGUGGAUAUGUGCGAGUGCCCAAAGUAAGCUAAUUUGCAUACUGUCACAUGUUUUACUGAAACAAAUAAAAUUCACAUAUUUUUUAAGAUUAUAAAUUUUGAAAGUUGAGACAUAAUGAACUGUGGUAAUGGAUAAAAUAAAUAAAUAUGGAAUAACAAAAAUAAAAAGAUUUCUAAACAAUUUGUGAAAAUUCAAUAAUUUAUUAAAUUUUUUUUUUUUUACGUUCUAAUUUAAAGGCAAACAUUUUGUUGUGUUCAAACUCAUUACUUUUCUAACUGUAUUUAUAAUUUUAGUAAACCUUAAAUAUUGUGCCAGAGUAUUCAUAUAAAUGUUUGUUUUUCUAACUUAAUUUGAAUAUAUUACUAAUACAGAAUUGAGUUGAGUCAAAUAAUUUUAUUUUUUAUAGUGGCAGCAUUUUCAAGCAACUGCAGCAUUCUCUCGUAGUUGGGGGACGGCUAAAAUGUUUUUAUUUUAUUGCUCUAUAAUAUCUCGUUGUUAUUAUUUAAUAUAUUUCAAUUGAAUAUUUUUUUGAAAGUUAUAAUAUUUUUUAUGUUAACUACACACAUAUAUAAAUAUAUAUAUAUAUAAUAUUAUUUUAAUGUAGUUUACUAAAAAUAAAUUCAACCCUAAUGUGUAGCCAUAAAUUUCUCCACAAAGACAUAUUUACUUAAAACAAAUACAUGUAUUAAAAUCCUUUUAAAAAAAAAAAAGGGAAAGUAAGAUAAAUGUUAGCAAAGCCGGUUAUUUCGGUGUAAAUUUAAAUAACAUAUUUAUAUAUUGUUAAGAACACCUUGAUUGAUGAAAAUUUGAAUGAAGAUAAUAUUAAACAAGGCAAACUAUUUGUAUAAUAUAUGGGUCGCCUAAUAUCCCAUUUUAACAUUUAGAAUCUAUUUUUUUUUCUAAACACACUUGGUACUCACAGUUAGCAAUUUAAUGUUAUUAAAAUAAUAUAAUAUAUAUUUAUAUAUAUAUAUAUAUAUAUAUAUAUAUAUAUAUAUAUAUAUAUGUGUGUGUGUUUUUCAUAGGUAAGCAAGACAUUAACGAUUUUAUUAGUUAUUACAUUUAACUGACUCCUGACAGAUUGUCCUAACGGUUGGUUUGGUAGCCAGUGCCAAUAUGAGUGUCACUGUCGGGAUGAAUUAGAUUGUUAUCCCGGCACUGGCCAGUGUCGUUACAAUUCUGCAUGUGCGACCGGAUGGUUUGGAAACGGAUGCCAGUUUCGUAAGUUAAGAUUCUAAAUAACUCGCGAUAUAUUUCAUGUAUUUAUACUUAUAAGCGCAAUAUAAGAAUACAUUUAUUUUAAUGACACAUUGUCUUACACCACGGCGUUAUGUUAAAAUGAAAGUUAUUGUGACAAUAAUAUCCGUUUGAAGAUACCCAAAAUUCAGCCUGUCUUCGAAUUAUACAUAGAAUAGUUCUUUACACAAUUUACAUUGCUUAUUGUUUCGUAAAUUAUUCUACUUACAACACCUGUGGUAAAGUUCACAAUUAAAAUGCAUACUUCUUAAAAAAAAUGAUAAUCAUUUAAAUUUGAAUUAUUUUUUUAAAAACAUUACGUCACAAUGGAUGUGAAUAAAAGAAGUUUAAACAUCAAUUAACUAUGGGUGUUAAUUUGUUUACUAUGGAUGUUAAUCAAUUUACUAUGGAUGUUAAUCAGUUCACUACGGAUGUUAAUCAGUUCACUACGGAUGUUAAUCAGUUAACUACGGAUGUUAAUCAUAUUACUAUGGAUGUUAAUCAGUCUACUAUGAAUUUAAAUCAGUUUACUAUUGAUGUUAAUGAAUAAUAGAAAUGAAGCAAUAAAUAACUGUUUAAAUUCGACCCUAUUGCCUUUGUAAUGUAUUCAUUUGCAAUUGUUAUUGUUAGCCAAUAGUUUAUAUAUAUUUUCUAUUGCAAUACUUUCUUUUAAUAUGUUAUUUUGCAUGCUGAACAUUGUAGGAACAAUGACCGAGGACAUUCAUAAUAUUUAUUCAAGUAAAAUGCUUACCACACCGGCCCAGUCAACGUACAGGUGGAUCACCGACAGAAACGACUCAACAUGCAAUACUGAUGUCAGUCUUGAGAGUAUAGAAGUCUCCUGGCAUAAUACAAGUUUUCCUUUCACCUGGCUUAGAAUUGCUCUUUCAGACGGUGGUAGGUACAUUAAUAAUGAUUGCUCUAUAGUCUUUUCAAACUUUGCUAAAAUGGAUCAAUGCUAUUUGAAAUCAAUGAGUACAAACUUUGUUGUUAAACGCUCUAUUAUUCUUUAGAUUAUUUGUUUAUGGUUUUUUUUUUGAAGAUCAUUUGCAAAUUUAUUAAUCGUAUUUAAAAAUAAAUAUUAUUUAUAUUUAUGAGCUAAAUUUUUUUAAUUUGUAUAUUUUUUCUUCAAUUUAUAAUUAUUUUAAAAGUCAUUAUUUUACAAUUCAAAAAGGAUAAUGGAAAAAUACGUUAUUGAAGCUAAACAAGCCCACGCGUCGUAAUAGUAUUUAAUUUGAAAUUUUAAACUAUAUGACAAUAACAGCAUUUUAAUGUAGUUUACUAAACAUAAAUUCAACCCUAAUGUGUAGCCACAAAUUUCUCCACAAAGACAUAUUGACUUAACACAAAUACAUGUAUUAAAAUCCUUUUAAAAAAAAAAAGGGAAAGUAAGAUAAAUGUUAGCAAAGCCGGUUAUUUCGGUGUAAAUUUAAAUAACAUAUUUAUAUAUUGUUAAGAACACCUUGAUUGAUGAAAAUUUGAAUGAAGAUAAUAUUGAACAAGGCAAACUAUUUGUAUAAUAUAUGGGUCGCCUAAUUAUAUAUAUAUAUAUAUAUAUAUAUAUAUAUAUAUAUAUAUAUAUAUAUAUAUAGAUAUUAAAGAGCCUUCAUAGCAUACAAUUUAUCUUACGUACACGAAAUGUAUUUACUAUAAUCGAUUUGAUUACUUCAGGCUUGCUUGGAAGUUUAAACAUUACGUUGAGGUCACGGACGACAGAAGAUUCUAAUUGCACUGGCCAACAAAUAUAUGUCCUAAACGCUAACACUGCGGACAUCCGAUGUAAGGUGGUGGACGACGUCACUUCGGUUAUUAUUGACGGUAGAGCUGUCAAGUCGUUAUGUUCUCUUUAUAUUAGUGGAGGUGAGUGAGCAGGCGUACAUCAUGCCACACUGUCAAUGAACAGUUAAAUUUUGAAGACAUUAAUUAACAUAUUUAAUUGCACAGUCGUGGGCACGAUCAGUACACACCCAUUCCUGUGGCGUGUCAGCCAGCAUACGGCUUUGGUCUGACUCACCACAUCCUUCCACUCAGACCUAUCUGAUGCUUUUCAUGAUUGAAUUCCAAGCUGAUGUAGAUCCCCUUUUUUCACAUCCUCCAUCCAUAGAAGCUUAGGUCUGCCUUUGAGCCGUUUUCCUCUGAAGGUCUUGGUUUGCUGCACCCAAUUCACUCCUCUGCCAUAUGUUAUUCUUUUCUAAAUGUCCAGCCCAGCGUAGCCUCCCCUUAGUUUAUUUCUGUUUGUAGAGUGGUCUCCUGGUAGAGACUAUGCAACUCCUCGUUGGUUUGUAAUGUCUUUCCAUAUCCAUGGACAUGAUCAGUACAGCUCUAUUUAAGUUUUUAAAAAACAAAUUAAAGAUCUAUUGUAAACCAGUAUUAAUCUAAUUCAAUUUAUUGAAUUUUUAUCCUAGUUUCACUUCAUUCUCACUUAAAUUUUCAUAUACAAGCUAAUCAUUAUAUAGCAUUUAAUUUAGUAUUCAUUUUUUUUUUUAAAUUUUGUCAUUGAAUUGUUCAGGUCGUAAUGUUGCAUUACGACAAGACGCCGUUCAAAAAUCUACAAACUUAAACUAUACAGCAUACAACGUAGUUGAUGGGAACGUUGACAAGGGAUUUGACUCCUGUAGCCAUUCGGAUUUCAACGAUAAUAGCCCUAAUUGGAAUGUCACUUUCAAACAAAGUCAAGUUGUCAACCGAGUCGUUUUGUACUUCAGAACUGACGCUGGUGAGUCUUUUUUAGAAUAACCUAUGUAUUAGAGGACUGAGCAAAUCAAUAGCUUUUAUAUUCUAAUUGAAGUUGAUCCACAUUUUAUUGAUUGUUCAAAUUGCGUUUUUUUUUCCUUUACAUCUUUGAUGUUUUUAUUGAUACACAAUAAAUUAAAAUGUGUUUUAAUUACAUUAUACAUCUAAAUUUUCUAGCAUAUGAAAAAAAGACACCAUUCAAAUUAGGAUAUUACUUUUAAAACUAGAACAUUUUUAAUGCCAUACAACUUAAUGUAUUGCUCAAGAGCAAAAACCCGCCAUCAUGGUCUGUAAAACAUCCACUCCCUUAUUUUGAUUGAGUUAUUUUUUUUUACUUUAUAACAUUAAGGGGAGCAACAUGAUAAGUUCUAGAAGAAUGGUCUACAAGUUAAUAUCAUUAAAGUCCUUACUUUAAGGCAAAUAAUUCUUCAUGUUCAAGCUCAAGUAACUGUGAUUAACAGGGUUUGAUUAAUAAUUUAAAAUUCAUUUUGCCAAACUGAAUUAAGAAAUACUUAAUUGCAUUUAAAAUAGUUUUUUUCAGUAUUAUCUAAAAGUCUUUGAAAAUAUGAAUUUUUAAAAAUUGUGUUUAGCAAAUUAUAAAUAUAUUUCUUAAAAAAAUAAGUUGCCUUCUUAAAAUUUAAUUCUCAUAAAAUAUCCACACAAAAAAUAGAGAAUUUAUUGAAGAGUUUCGAUGAAAAAUUGCUUAGGGAAAUUUUCUAGGAAAAUUAACACAAUUAAACAAUUGUCUAUGGCUUUGAAUAAUUUAAAUUUUACUCCACAAAGCAUCACAUUCCCAGUACCCGCCUAUACAUUGGCUCUAGAUUUCACGUCAUUUUUCCUGUCCAGGGAAAAAUUAGCUCUGAAUUUGAAUCCGUGUAAUAUCUGAAACGCCUUAUUUUGUACAAUUAUAUUACUAGAACUCUUCUCCUCCUUUCCUAGUUUUUGAUUGGAAUGUUUAUUUUUAGUUUCCUUAAUUUUAUUUCACAUCAUGUACCAUUACUUUUGUUGUAUAAGCUAUAAAAUUAAAUGUUUUAAAAUAACACGCCGCCAAAUCAAACUGUUGUUAUUCUUUCGCCCAACCGCUGCACCACUCACUACCUAUCCACAAAAAAUGUGUUUCUUUUUUUGGAUAACAAACAUCAGACCCUUUCAAAUUAUUGAUAAUAAAAAGCAAACAUUUUUCCAAAAACUUUUUUGUUUUCAAUUACAAAUUUCAUCAAUGAAAUUUUAAAUGAAAUUGUGCCUGAUCACCUUGCCCAAUAGUUUAAGUAAGUGACAAAAUAAAUGAUUGAGAAAAUUGUUCGUAGAGAAACAAAAAGAAAAAAAAAAAAAAAAAAAAAAAAAAAAAAAAAAAAAAAAAAAAAAAAAAAAACCCAAAAAAAAUAAAAAAAAAAUGAUUAAAAAAAUUGUUCGUAAAAAAAAAAAAAAAAAAAAAAAAAAAAAAAAGAGAAAGAAAUAAUGUAUAUAUAGAAACUGACAGCCCUAAAAAAAACUGAAGGCUAAAAGAAUUUUAAUACAUGUGUACAAUUCUUUUUUCUAGCACAACUGGUUUAAGUUUGCUUUUUUAAAUUUUAAUUAUUUAAUUUUAAUUAUUUGACCUUCUGUUAACGGUCAUGUUCUUUCUUUUUAAAAGUUAGUAAAUAUGUGUGGGCUUCAUUGGAUGACGACACAAUAAUGUAGUAUAGAACAGUGGUCGGUUCGACCACUCAGCCAAAAAUCGGUUUUGAAUCCGAAAAAAACAUGAAUCUUGUCAGGUUUUUGAAAAGAGGUUUAGCUCUAAAAAAAUUGUUUUUAACUUCCUACUGCUGGUUUUUGGCUCUUUUGAAUAUAGAGAUUUUCGAGCACGGGUUUAGGUUAUCAUUAAAUCGAUAAAUUAGGCCAGUAUCAAAAGAAAGGACAUAUUUUCCACAAAAAAAAAACUAAAUUCGCUUUAAUCAGCAGGCUCUCAACUCUGGCCAAAAUGGCCACUAUUGAGCCAUUGCAGUAUUUUGAAGCCCCCCGCCCACAAAAAAAAAAAAAAAAAAAAAAAAAAAAAAAAAAAAAAAAAAAAAAAAAAAAAAAAAAAAAAAAAAAAAAAAACACAAAAAAAAAAAAACAAUAAAAAAAGAAACAAAACAAAAAAAAAAAAAAAAAAAAAAAAAAAAAAAAAAAAAAACUAAAUUCGCUUUAAUCAGCAGGCUCUCAACCCUGGCCAAAAUGGCCACUAUUGAGCCAUUGCAGUAUUUUGAAGCCCCCCGCCCACAAAAAAAAAAAAAAAAAAAUAUAAAAAAUAAUAAUACAAAUAAUACUAAUACAAAAUUAUGUGAAUAAACGGAAUCAAAAUAGUAACAAUCUAUAAAGAAGUGAACGAAACAAAGUAUUGGAAAAUCUGGACAAAAGUACACACCAAAAACCCCCCCAAAAAAACACCAGCGAAAGCGUCGACAAGAAGAGUUCUUUAGCGAGCGAACCACCAGCAGUAAAAACACUAUAAACAUAAAAUAAAGAAUAUGCUGCACUGCACUAUAAAGGAGGACAGCAAGAUGAAAGUACUGAUGUCUUUUUCCCAUGACAGAUUUUGUCAAUAAUUUGUGUUCGUUAUUAUCCUUUUGCCUAACCUGACUGCAGUUUCUCUCUCUUAUAACAAGGAAGGGGCCUGUGAUAGUUUUAAAAAAAAAUGUUAAAGAGGGCUGUGAAAGUUAACAAAAUGUGAAUGUGGGCCGUAAACGUUAACAAAAUGUUAAAGAGGUCUGUGAAAGUUAACAAAUGUUUAAGAGGUCUGUGAAGGUUAAGAAAUGUUUAAGAGGUCUGUGAAAGUUAACGCAAUGUUUAAGAGGUCUGUGAAAGUUAACGCAAUGUUUAAGAGGUCUGUGAAGGUUAACAAAUGUUUAAGAGGUCUGUGAAAGUUAACAAAUGUUUAAGAGGUCUGUGAAGGUUAACAAAUGUUUAAGAGGUCUGUGAAAGUUAACGCAAUGUUUAAGAGGUCUGUGAAAGUUAAAAAAUGUUUAAGAAGUCUGUGAAAGUUAACGCAAUGUUAAUGCGGGCUUUGAGUGAGCAAGUGAACACAGUAUUAGCAUUACUUUCCUGGAAAAAAAAUCGUUUUUUAUUUUUUGUGUAGCAUUUAAAAUAUAUAUAUAUCUAUACAUUUUCCAUUUCAGAAUGUGUAGCUUUCACUUGCAGCUCACACUUAAACACUUUAACUGUUCAGAGUUUUAAUUCAACGGAAAUUGUGUUUGAAAACCAAGAUCAAUUUGAUUUAAAGAACUAUGCAUACAUAGUAAAUGUACAGGGGAAUAAAAGCACAAUUCCUGUAAAUGGACUUUUCAUCAAUUUUGAUACUACAUAUUAUUUAAAUAUUUCACUAUGUGAAGUCGAAGCCUAUGGAGGUAGGUCACAUUAGACAGUUUUUUUUUUUAAUUACGUUAGUUCUUUUUUAUACUUGGAAAAAAAAAACUUUCGUGAAUAAAUGUUUGAUUGAUAUAUUAAACACAUUUAAACACAACAAAAAAAUCCACUGUUAUGCUGAAAUAAAAUAUAUAGUAUCUCUUAAUUUUUUUUUUCUAGACCAGUAUAAGUAUUUUUUAAUAGCAAAAAUAACACUUAAGAAAAAAAGAAUUACAGAUCCUACUUUUUGUAAGGAUGAUCGAUAGCAUUUUAGUUAGAGCUUUUGUGUCAAUUCAAGUUAAUUGAAAGGACACAAGACCAUAUUCCUUUUAUAUGUCCAGCCAAUAUAGAAUGAAAAUACACAAUUAAUCUGCCCAUCAAAUACAUACUAAAUGUACACAUCUAAUAUUUACAGAAAUUAUUUAAUAAACAUACACAUUUAAUUCGAUGUUUAUGGAUAUUGAUAGCAUGACAAAUACAUAUUUUCACCCGCAAUUUAAAAAAAAAACGGCACAAUUCUAAUACUGCUAUUGAUUAAGAUGUUUGAAAACGAUCAUUAAUUAUUUAAUUCGGUGACUAUAGUUUGCGGUAAAUUUCAAAUAAAAAAGUUACUGUUAAAAAAAAAGAAGAAAAAAAAAAAAAAAAUCCAAAACAAUUAUACAGUAAUUGAUCAAUAAUGAUGUCACGACAGAAUGUGUACCCGGGACGUGGGGGCUAGAAUGCAACAACAGCUGUAGCACAUCUUGUGGCUCACAGUGUCAUGUAGAGACUGGAUUAUGUCAUGUGUGCAAUGGUUUCAACGACCCUCCCUACUGCAACACAGGUAAGUCCUCCCGAUUAACGACACACAUGAAAUGAGUCCAAAUGGAACCGAUUUUAUUAACAUCUUAUGCGAAAAACUUAACAAAAAUAAACACAUUUGAAGGACUUUCAUAACAAAAAUGUACUUUAUAAUGACUAUUCUGUAGACCAUAGACUUUCGAUUUUCCGAGGUAAUUGGGAACGGGUAAAAAUUUAGAAAAUUAAAAAGAAUAUAUAAAUAAAUUAUUGCAGCCUAGAAAAUGUUACAUAUAAGAUGUUAGUGUAAACAAUAAAUGAUUACCUUAUAGAUAUAUGCAUGUGGUGCUUUAUUUUUCUAUUUAUUAAACACACUGCUCGGCUCUACAGGGGUCAGAUGAUCAAUAGAAUCACUCAGUCAACACGGCACUCUUUCUUUCAGCCAAAAGAUGAUUUUGUUUUUUUUUAAACCACAAAUAAUUAUAAUAAAAUAACAAAUUAAGUAGAUGACAUAAGCUUAGAGUAUAAUCUGAAGUGCCUUUGAUUUUCCAAACGUGUUUUAUGCGAUACUUAAAGAAUUGGCAUCGCCUAUUAUAUCUAGCCUGGAAAAUACAUCACAGUACGUAUCUAGAGUGUAUCUGGUUCGUCCAACAAGGGCUUGAAACAUUUACCCAUGUUAGUGCGCCAUUGCUAAAUGCGCACUGAGUUCUAAAUGAUAAUUAAUUUAAAAGAGACGUGGGUGAUUCGUAUUGCAGGCGUUUGGGGAAAUCGACGCUCUAAUAUUAUUUUACUCAGUUACCUUGUUUCUAGACAGACCUUGCAAGAUACUAUACAGAGAAUCGCUUUGAAACCAAACGAGUUUAAUCUGUCUGUGAAUUUCCUACAACGAGUCCCGGUCAACUCUAUCGACCAUCCAAUUAACAGUUGCCUCUGCCUCUAUUUGAGCACGUACAUAACACAAUGUGAUAAUCUUGAUAGCUAGUCCAUUUAGUAGCAAUAAGCAUUGUAAUUAAUGGAAAAGACGUUAAAUUGUGUUUGUGUUUUUGUUUGUUCCUGGUUCCCUUAGCCUAUGCAUGGGUUGAUUGAUCUUGACCAUACAUGACACAGAUAUCCUUCAUUAUUCAUAAAAAAGAUACAGCGGUUGUGGAGGGGGGACUUGAAUUUUAGAAAAUAAUCCUUCCGGGGCCAAAGACCACUAAAACAACAUUAUCUGAUAAGAAAUAUUUUAAUAUAAUUUCAGAGAUAGGUUAUUGAAUCUAAACUAUAUUCAAAUACUGGUAGGGUCUGGAUAAGUGUGUCAUUUGUAGAAUUUUUUCAGGGGAAAAAAAAAGGGGGGGGGGGCAAAACCAAAACUUCGUCGGCCUGUUAAGUAUUUUUUAUUACUGGAGGCACACAGUAGAUGUCAAUUUAAAUCAAACAUGCAAAUUCAGGAAGGGGGGGGGCGGGAAAAUACACAACCCUGCCCUACCCAAAUGACAUCCCUGGUUCUGAACUCCUUUGAUAUUGAUGCUACAACCCAGAACGUCACGCAGUAUGAACAAAGUAACAGCAAUAAGAGUAAAUAUCUACGCAAUUAAAAAAAAAACUGAAGAGCAUGAGACCAUUUCAAAAUCAACUCUAUUUGAUUAACAAAGACUUCAGUGGUUAAUUAUGUCUCCAGAAAUUUUUUAUGACGAAAAGAAAAAAUUCAAGGUUGAAGAUUAUCACUAAAUUUAGCACCAUCUAAUGGUUCUUGUUUUCCAUUAAUUAUGGUAUUGUUUUUAAAAAAAUUAGAUGACAAUAUUUUAUAACUGAGGAUGUACUAUGAGUAUGUGAAGCUUCUACACAAUUCUUGUACGAAGUUAUUUGUAUUUUAUCUCCCUAGUGUGUGCCAUAGGAACGUGGGGUAUCAACUGUACAAAUAAUUGUACCAGCGGCUGUUUGGAAAAUUCUUGUAACAACAUGGAUGGCUUUUGUGAUAGAGGAUGUAAUGGAUAUCAAGAUUUUCCGAGUUGCAAUAAGGGUGAAGAAGUCUAAUUAACCUAAUGUUAAAACUAAAUGUUAUAAUAUAUAGUACAUACUCUUUUGUUUGGAAAUAUAUAUUUAAAUGACUAACGAUAUCUGCUUAAUUUUUUGUCCACCCUAAAAUUGUAAAUACUGUUUGUAGUCAUCAUCAUAAACAAUUACAAAAUGGAUUAGUAUUUAGUACAGCUGAAUGCUGACUUAAUGUAAUAUGUUCCUGUAUAGCUAAUUUUAGUGCAGGCCUUUAUUAGUUUUGUUAGGUCUCUACCUGCAAUCCAGUUAACGUAAAACUUCCUGAAACAUUAUGUCAGGCAUUCUUUCUUUUUCAUCCAUGUCUUUAUUUAAAAGCUAGAACCGUUUUUUUUUCAAUAGAACGUCUCUAAUCAGUCAUGAUAUUACACACACAGCUAACUCUUAUUUUCUUCAUUAAGAAUGUGAUUUUUUGCACUGGGGACCAAACUGUACAAGAAGCUGUAACCUGGGUUGUUUUAACUUGUCUUGCGACAGCAUUUCUGGUGCAUGUAGCGAAGGGUGUUAUGGCUACAGCGACCCACCUAGCUGUAAUACAGGUCGGAAUCAAUUAAUUUACGAGCAAAUAAUGUGUGAGGCAUGCAGUGUCAGUAAUUGCUUACGUUGCUACAAAAAUUCUAUUAAAAAAAUUAAACGUCCAUUGUCAUCAUGACAUUUUAAAGAACCUAAGAUUAAACAUUAUUUAUAUAAUCUACUUAAUUUGUAAAAUUGUACCAUUUAUUAUCAAUAACAUCAUUGAAAGUCAAGUAAACGAAAAUGGGGUCGAGAUUUUUUUAAAAAAAUAUGCAAGAGAAGCUGUUAGAAUAGAACAUGUUACUGUGUUAGUGUUACGGGAUUGUGAAGGAAGGCUGUAACGGCUGUAAGGACUUCACAAAAGUGAUAUUAUUGUAGUAAUAAAUAGAAAAGACUGCAGAUGAAAUCAGUUGUGAAACAAGAUUUACUUUUUUUUAAAAUAUUUAUGCACAACGUCUCUUUAAUUAUGUGAUUUAUUAUUGCAUGUUUUUUUUCCACAUAUCGUUCAACAAAUGCCAUCAUGCAGCCUGUGACAAAGGAAAGUGGGGACCCAAUUGUACAAACACGUGCAACACCAGCUGUUGGGACAACUCGUGUAACCGUUUGACUGGAUUGUGUGACGAGGGCUGUAACGGCUUCAAGAACUUUCCGCACUGCUCUUUAGGUAACGACAAAGUCAAAUUUGACGCAAAACUUUGCUCUGCGCUUGCAGAUCAUACAAUCAAAUCAUCUAUCAUUUUAAUGUCACCAAUCAAAAUUAAAUCUAGUAUUCCAUUGUUAUGUAUAAAUAUGUAUAAUUUUAUUAUGGUUUAAUUCGUUUCUAGUCAUGAAGGAUAAUAUUUGAGGGACUACGUUCAAAGCCGUGUCAAGGAAAUGUGGCACAAGAUAUUUUUAUGCUGGAAUUAAGAAAAUAACAACAACACAAAAUAACAACAAACAAACAGAAAAACAAACAAAAAUCAUCAAAUGGACAGCUGUCGGACGCACCAUAAACUUUCUCGGUUUUGAAGGCUGUAGGAGAGUUGUUGUGGGAAUUAUACUCAUGAUGUAAUUAUUCUGACAUGCUGUACAUCUAGUUGCGAUCACUAUUCCUUAAAGCCAAUGUUUGAUUACGCAGUAAAUGUCUUACAAGAUUUAACAUUGCUGCUGCUUUUAUAUUUUAAUACAAAACAAUUCUUGGCUCAUCAUUUCCUUCGUUUCUAUUCCUAAGGAAGUAAUCAAAAAAAAAAAAAUUCCUUCUCACAUGGAUUCUCCUAUCACAGCACCGGUUGUAUGGCGUGACGUCUUGUAGCCAACUGCCUUCAAAAUUGGAUAAAGUUUAUGGAACGCACGACAGAUGUCCAAUUGUUUUUUUGUUUUUUUUUGGUCUUUUUUUCUUUUGUUGUUUCAUUAGUUUCUGUAAUAUGACAGCCACCUGACAUUUAUAUCACAUAUGAAACAGAUCAUGGCACCUAUAACGAAUGAAGGGAGAUACCCUCGAAAAUUUUUUUUUGUCUCAUUCAUUCGCCAAAGGAAACGUCAUUAAAGGAAUCUCCACAGAAAAAUCUCUCUUCUACUUGUCGUUGUUACCGUUCCAGAAAGCAACAGAUAUUAAUUAGUAUCCAACAGUACUCAAAAUUUCAGCUCAAUAAUCAUGUGAAACCAUUUUAGUCCUUGACACAUCAUAAGACUCACUGAUUGUUUGAUGUUAUUGUUGUCGUUUUUGUGUUUGUUUUUUAAGUAGUUUGCGAGAUUUUUUUAUAGCAGAAGAAGAGUUACAUUUAGCAAAGACUGAUACGUUAAUGCUAUUGUGGUAAAACUGUUGAUAAUACUCCGUGUAUCUUAACCAGAGAUAAUGUAUCCAAAUGUUAUCAGCAUUGUCUAAUCCCAUUUGGGUGCCUAUAUGUAAUCCGUGUUGUUCACCUAUAUGUAAUCUCAGUUGUGCACCUAUAUGUAAUAUCAGUUGUUCACCUAAAUGUAAUCUCUGUUUUGCACCUAUACGUAAGCCCAGUUGUGCAAUGUGCACAUAUAUGAAAUCUCAGAUGUUCACCUAUAUGUAAUAUCAGUAGUGCACCUAACUGUAAUCCAAAUUGUGCACAUAUAUGUAAUAGCGGCUGUGCACCUUUUGUCGCCUGUCUUGAUCAUUUUUGUCUCGGCCAUUCAUAACUGAACAAGUAGUUGUUUCUUUUUUCCCUUCAUCUAUCAGCAUGUGAUUCAAUGACUUGGGGCCUAAACUGUACAAGGAGCUGCAGGUCAGGAUGCUUUAAUUCAUCGUGUAACAGAUUUACUGGUCUAUGUGACCUGGGAUGUGAUGGAUACAGUGAUCCACCUAUGUGUACCCAAGGUCAGAAUUAUUACUUUGCCAGUAAACAUCACACAUAAGAUUUUUAAAAACAUAUUUUAAAAAUGCUUUUGUAAUUUUUUUUUCGUAGAGACAUUUAAAAGAAGUUGAGAUUAUUUUUUUUUUUUAAUUUCGUUUAUUUGUUAACUUUUAGCAUUCAUAUAAAUAUGUAUAUUCUUCAUCAAUAACUUCAUACAGAGUGUAAUAAAGGAAAGUGGGGUCAGGAUUGUUCAAACACAUGCAAUACCAGCUGUUGGAACAACUCAUGUAACCAUGUUACCGGAAUGUGUGAUGUCGGAUGUAACGGCUACAAGGACUUUCCAAACUGCAUUUCUGGUAACAAACAUUUUAAAUUCAACCGAAAUAUUGAUCAUCUCCUUACAAAGCGUAAGAACAAAUGUUCUAUCAUUUAAACGUGUAUGCAUACAUUACAUGUGUUUUUAUGUUUAUGUAUAUGUGCUCUCUCUCUCUCUUUCUCUCUCUCUCUCUCCUGUUCUCCAAUUUACUAUUUAAUUAUUGUGUAGAUACUAUAGACUAAUCUCUAUCAGCAUUUUUUUCACUAUUUCAAGCGUGUGAUGACGGUCUGUGGGGCCUAAACUGUGCCCAAUCCUGCAAGGCCAACUGUUACAACAAAUCAUGCGAUAAACAAACUGGAGUGUGCAAUCAAGGAUGUAACGGCUACCGUAAUCCUCCAUAUUGUGACGCUGGUAAGUGUGUUACUUAUGUCCAUUUUACAUAUUUUGGUGACGUGAACUUUUUGAGGACCUUCUUUUAAGGAACAUGAUAAUAAUUCAAGGCAUUCCUUUCAGACUUUACAUGUUGUGAACAUCAAAUUUGUAACGCGCGGUAUUUCGUUUAUUGAGUUGUUAUUUUAUCGAUUGCGCAAAUAAAAUUAACCAAUGGGAACUAAUUAUUGCAGUGUCCACACAUUAAUAUACUUGGGGGGGGGGCAAACUUAUCAGAUUAAGUUUAAACUUUUCAACGUUUACUUUAAAAGUGAUCAUUGUUUAGUUUAGUUAACGAAUUAUUAUUAACUACAAUGGUUUAUUAUGCUUUCUUUUUGUAUGAAGAGGGUGAAUUUAAAACAUUUACAAAAUGAUACAUGCGGGCUUUAUUAUCGUGAUGGAGUAAAAAAACAUUAAACAAUUUGAUUAACAAGUUUUUCUGUAAAUGCUAUUCACAUUUGUAAAUAAAAUAUAGAUGAACCGAUUUCUAAUAUGCGACGAGCGAGGCCACUGGCUCAAUUUUAAUGCAUCAAAGUUUAAUUUCUUUCGAUAAAUAUUUAAACAAACCAUAUAUUCGCGAAAUGAGUUAUCGUUUUUUUAUGAUGCAAAAAUGUAACGGCUAAUGAGCAUUUUAUGUUACGUUACUGGUUGUUGUGCUGCUGCUCAGAUCCUGCUCCUUUAUUCGCGUGUAGCUUGAUGUUCCCAUUAUAUUGUUUGCCUUAUCUCCUCAUGCAUUCGGCAUUUUUUUUUUUUACUGUUCGUACCACUCUCAAAGAAAUAUUUAAAUUCAACUGCAAUUCAUCUUAUGUAGUGUGUGCUUCUGGAUCAUGGGGCAUGGAUUGUACAAUGAUCUGCCUGGAAAACUGUUACGAUCGCUCGUGUGAUCCACAAACUGGAUUAUGUAGUAAAGGAUGCAAUGGAUACCAAAACCCUCCAGCUUGUAACAUUGGUAAGUGUUCUAAAAUAUUCGUAAUAAAUUUACUUCUUGAUCUGGUUGAAAAGCGUGUAUACGUAAAUAAAUGUGUAUAUUGUUUUAAUCAUUGGUAUAUUUGGGUGGGAAAAUAAUUUUUUUUUGUUAUUUUCAAAUUGUUUUAUUUAGUGUUGCUGCGAUUAGCGUAUUUGUAAUUAAAUAUUUUAGGUAAUUUUUCUUAUUUAACACAAUGAUAGAGCUAGUAUUUGGAUAACGUGGAGUAAGGAAAAGAUUUUAUGAUUACAAUCAGAAACUUAGCCCCUAAGAGCAUUUUAUAAUCAGAACGUCAUCUGCAAAAAUAACUUUUGAAUUAACAAGUUGCGUAGCUAAGUAGAAUGACCAUUGAUGUGGCUAUUAUUUUAACUAGUCAUUUGAUAAGUGAUAUGGCUAGUCAUGUGACCAGUAGGGUACCAUUGAUGGGGCUGCUCAGGCGAUGGUGAUGUGGAUAGUAAUGUCACAAGUAAUGUGACCUGUCUUCACCACUCUGAUGCAGUCUCAGCUCCGUUGGAUGGGACACGGAGCCCGUAUGGAAGACCACCGGCUCCCGAAACAGAUAUUCUUCGGAGAACUCACGAUAGGCAAGCGCUCCCAAGGGGGUAAAAAAAAAUGCGUUACAAAGACUCACUGAAAGUGGCACUAAAGGCCUUCAGCAUAAACCAUACUCAAUGGGUGCAAACAGCUCAGGACAGAGCCAGGUGGAGAGCUUCUGGUCAAGAAGGGGGCCAAAUCCCAUGAAGCUAAUUGGAUAUACACAGCUGAGACACGCAGGAUUGCCCAAAAGAGCAACAUUAGGUGAAAAGAUUAUUCCGAGCACAGAUUGGUCUAGCAAGCCACCUACGAGCGCACCAUAACCCAACCUUCCCCUAACCUCUGGAUGACUUGAUGGUCUUAGUCGACUUCGACGGACGAACAACAACAAUCAUGUGACUAGUAAUGUGGCUAGUAUGGGGACCAGUUAUGUCGCUAUUAAUGUGACCAGUAAUAUAACCAGUAAUGUGGCAAGUAGUAUGCCUUUAAAAAAAACCUUUCUUUUACUUCAGUGUUUCAAAAAAUGUUAAGCAUUACCACCUUAUCUCAUAUAAAAAUAUAAAUACACCCCCCGUCCCAGAAUAUAUUCCCCAAUGACCUUUAAAUUCCCUCAAUGUUGGACUUGUGCUCCACGUUGGAAAAUAUUUGCUUACCAAAGGUUGGCGUUUUUUAAGUGGCAAUCUAAAAUGUUUGAAGCAAAUUCAAACUCAAUUAAUCAAUAAAUUAUUGAGAACAAAAUACUAUUUUGAAUCAAGAAAUUACAUUUACACGGUUUCUGUGGAAGCUACCUCGCCAUGAUGUAAUCUGUAGUGUUUAGUGAAGCAAACAUAGUUCAUUUUGUAAAUAUAUAAAUAACAUAUAAAUGCUUGUAGAAUGAUUAACAACAUACUUUUCAAUUCCAAUUUAACAACAUUAAUAAAUAUUAAUGUUUCACAAUAAUUUGGUUUUUUUUUUGGUUGUUCUUUAAAUGUGAUAAUUUUUAGCUAACACUCAGUUGUAUUAUUUUCAAGCAUGUAUACACGGUUCAUGGGGCAUUAACUGUGUGAACAGAUGCAAGGAAAACUGUUAUGAUUCUUCUUGUGAUAAAGUAACAGGAUUAUGUAAUCGAGGAUGUUUUGGUUUCAGUAAUUUCCCUAGUUGUGACAGGGGUAAGUCUGCUUAGAUAGAUAAACCACAGGCAAAUAAAUUUUAUAAGGAACAUUUAACGUGCGUUUUAUCAUAUAAGUACAUUUCGAUAUAUAGAAAAAAAUAAGUAUUUUUACAAUGUUUAAUCAAUGCGUAAAUUAUACAAGAUUAUAUAGAUUAUUUAAAAAAAAACAACAUGCAGUUAAUGUUAUAUAAUAAAAACAAAAUUUAUUUAAUUUCCUAUUCUCUAGGAUUUGGAUCUUUCUUUAUGUCAUGUCAAACUUUGCACAGAUUGCUGUUCUUAAAUGAAUACGUUUCUGUAAUUGCUAAUUUUAAUGUGAAGCGCAGUGAGCCUAGCACUAGUCUGGAGUACUGUGUAAUAUAAAACCACCUAAUAAUAAUAAUAAUAAUAAUGUCCUAUUCUAUAACAUUUGAAUAAUGCUUAUGUUGUUUCGAGAAAAUUGGAUUUAUGUUACAGAUUUUCUUUUCUCAAAAUUGCAUUUUUUAAAUGCAUCACUCAAAGUUAGUAAUUUCUCUUUGAAAACGAAAUGCCAUGAAAAUAGAGGAGGAAUAUAUAUAUUUUUUUUAAAAGUUUAUUUUAAAUCAAAUGUUUCUUCAUUCUUUUUCUCUCUAGAAGAUGUACUUUAUUUUCAGAAUUUCAAGGUUUUCCUUUCACUGAUCAGUAUAUCUGCUAUUUCAUGUAGUUUCCAUCUUAAUAGACGUUAUCUUUUAUUUUUUUUAUUUGCUUUGGCAACAUAGACUAUACAUAGUUUGAAAAUAAAAUUAAGCAAUUUUAAUCUGUUGGCCAAUGUUCUUUUGGGCUUAAUUUCAACAAAAAUAAAACUAACAAUUAAAACAUAUCAUCUCUUCGCAACUCAUCAGUGUCAGCGGGGCCACCCUUUUGUAAAUCUGGUAGACCACGCCAUAAUUCGUGCUUGUUUACAUAAUGUGCUAGAUCAGUUUCAAGUAAGCCCAGAUUUGGCAAUGGUUGAAAUAUAUAUAUUUUUUUUCUUCUUAAACGUGUCGUCAUUUUAAGAAUGUUACUCGGGAAUGUGGGGAGUAAACUGCACAACUCCAUGUGACCACUGCUUCCAUAAUUCAUGUGACCACAUCAACGGAAAGUGCAAGAUUGCCUGUGAAGUGGGAUACAGUGGAUUCCCAGAUUGCAGUACGAGUAAGUCUAAACGAUGGAUUUAUGUGGUGUUUUCAGAAUAUAAACAUAUUUUCAAUAUUUGUGAACUUGUAUGUCUAGUUUCAUGUUUUUGGUAGAGGAUUUAAAACGAUCUUAGAUAACAGCAAUUUUGAUAUCACCACCUUAUUUAAUGGAAUCUGUUUUAAAAAGGCUUUAAUCAUUGAAAUUACUUCCAAUCACACAGAUUGCCCUGAACGGUAUUACGGUAUCGAUUGCUCCGUUCAGUGCUCACAGAACUGCCAGGACGGACACUGCAACUCUACCACUGGGAUAUGUUUGCAUUGUCCGCAAGGAUAUCAAGGCCAACUAUGCGAUGUUGGUAAGAAUGCGACGCUCUGUCUUAUAUGUAAAUAAACGCGUAUGGAAAUUGAAUACUGUCUAAUAUCAUACAAACAUAAAUUGGGAUAACAUAAUCAGCAUCAUGUACACGUGUCAUAGUGUCUUUCUUUCAAGUUAGUACCUAUAAUACAUACAUUUUAACCUUAAUUAUAGUGGUCAUUAUUUUUCUUUCACUCUUCUCCAGAGGACAAGGACGCUAACUCUUACAGUAUGCUAACUGGGCUUGGGGCUGGACUUGGUGUCUCCUGUGCAGUGAUUAUCUCCCUUCUCAUUGUGAUAUUUGUGCUCAUACGUAGAGGGCGACACGUGUCCAAAAAUAAACGCACAGAAGAUCAUUACGAUAGUGUAACAACGGGAAAUGAUUACAGCCAUGAGUACCAAACCCACGAGAGCCCAAGUAAGUACUUUGUUCUUCGUUUUUCUCAUUGGAUUUAUCAACCGUUGAUAAAACAUUCGAAUUUCAAAGACAUUUUAAAAAAAAAAUACUUUGUGUUACAUUUGGAAACCAAACUAAUAACUUACGUUUUCCAUAAGAAAUACUGAAUACUAUUUUCCUUCUAAAGUUGACCGACGAACAAGGAGUUAUAUAAUUACUCCCCUCCCCACUAAAAAAGAAAUGUUAAAAUAAAAAUAAUAUAACAUCUUUAAACAAAAAAAAAAGUUUGGUUUACAUAGAGUUGAAGUCAGCACAAUUUAUUCAUAUUUUUAGGAAGAGAUUGGUCUUUAUUAUUGUUAACUUUUUACAGGUCAUCACUACGCAUUAUGACAAAAAGUAUAAUCAAUACAAACACUUCAAAUCAGGUGUCCCCAGUUAACACUAUCUGCAGCAGCAUACACUUAUCGUGGAAUAUCUAUUCUCAAAGAUUCAAAUAACGUAGCAGUAAAAAUACACCAUGUUUAAACACAAAAAAACAACUGCUAGAUAAAACAGUGCUAUUUAUCUAUUCACCACAACACAUUUGACAUCUACUAAAGUUGACCCACGCUGAUUAUCCUUUAUUUUUUUUACAGGUCAUUAUCAAAACGUGCCAACCAGAAAAAGAACAGCGGAGCAGACCAAUGUGCAGUUACAUCAUGUCUACAACAAUGAAGACGCGAUUACAAACAAUGAAUACGAAACCAUCGGAAUAUAGAACAUACAUUAUAUGUGAUGAAAGGAUACUCAAUGUUAUUUUUACUUGGCAAAAGAAAAAGUAAUUUUUCCAUCGAUAUUGAUUUAAACCCGUGAAAAUACGAUACUUUUGCUCAUGAAAUGUACAUAGUUUCAUCUCCACAACAAUACUUGUUUAUAAACAAGCUUUUGCUAUAAAGACGUUACAAUUUUUAAUGAGCUUUUCUUGUGUGCCAAAUUGUACUUUUUUGUAGAAAGCUAAUUUUAUUUAAAAGUAUUCACGGUUUAAAUUUCAAUUUGGUAGAAGUUACGUUUUGCUGUAGGUAAUGACAGUCUCGAACACAUUGUUAAUAUCAAAACGUAUUUGUUAUUAAAUACCAUGCCUUAGGUAGCUUAACUUCAACUCUAUGUACAAAGACUUUAAAUGUGCUAAGCUUGUGUAAUGCGAAGUAGUGUGAUUGUGAAUGAAAAUCCACGUGCAAAUUUGAGGCUACUUUUGAAUGUAAGUGCUGUGUCGAACUCCUGCCUUCACCCUGUGAUGCUAAUUAGCUUUUUUUUCUCGAUGAUAGAACCACUUAGCUUUAACUUACAGUCCAUGAUGUUAACAUCCACCUGUAAUAUACAUGAUGUGCACAAUGUGCACCCCAAACACAAUUUUUUUAAGUUGUGUGUGUCAUACACAUUAACAGGACUGCCCAGCUCAACUAUCCACCCUUGCUAUGGCAUUAGGGAUGCAAUUCUUACAAAUUCGCUGAAGUAUUUAAUAUAUUGAGAUACAAUGAUAAUUAAAGAUAUUAAAUAUUGCCAUAUCAUUACCUUUCUCUGCCUCUCCUCUCUCUCUCUCACUCUCUUUCACUUUAUCUAUCUCUCUCUCUGUCCCUGCCUUUCUCCCUCUGUCUCCAGCUUUCACAUUUACUGCUAGAUUAUUGUUUCUUUCCGUAUAACAUUACAGCCUCCAAGACUGCAUAUACGGCAAAUUUAACGCUUUUUUAUUGAUAGAUGGUCUCUCUUGAUAGUACAUACAUUUAUGUGCAUUAUAAACGUGUUUAAGUUGUGCAGCUUAAUUUUCCGAAAAUUCAACGCUGUUUCAGUUGUUCUCCAACGCCCCUCCCCCCCCUCUCUCUCUCUCUCUCUCUCUCUCUCUCUUUCCCGCUCGCUCUCUCUUACCCUUUCUUUUUCUCUCUUUCUCUCUUGCUAUCUAUUUAUUAGCAUUAGUUUUCAGACAUACGGCGAAAAUUAUUUUUUUUUUAUAUUUAUGCAAAGAAGAGAUUGACAUAAAUACUGUGAUAGAAAGUAAAUGUGUAUUAUCACGGUUUUGUUCUCUAAGACUUUUUUUAAAUUUUUUUUUGUUACGAAUACUUUUAAUAAUUUUAC